AUGGCACGCCAUUUGGCCAGUUAUCUACAUGUCUACGAGAGUCCUUUACUUCCUAUGGGUUCUACUAAACAAGACAAGUACGAUUCACGACAACGAACAGCUUCCUGGCUCCUGGUGACCCAUUGUGUGUUAACAAGUGGACUUGCCCUGUCAACCAUCGUCCUAGCAACAGGUACUUGGAGAAUAAUCCAAACGCCAACCUGUUACAAGGAUUGGAUCUAUCUCGAAACGAAUGGCUUCUGCUAUUAUUUUCAGCUCUGCCGUUUAGACUUGACCCUAACCGAUUCGACUGGCUCCGGUUUGGUGAUGAACGCGAAUGGGGUGUGCGUGAAGAAUCGCUCGGUGUGGAUUGGUUUGCAUCAAGAGCAUGGACAACGCUGGUGGACAGAUGGAUCACCGGAUGUCUUCAUUGGAGCGGAUGGGCCAGAGUACAUACAUUGGACGGUAGAAUGCCCUUGC